UUGUGUUAGCGACGGACGUACUAGACGAGCUGCUAACUGCUUUUAACACGCGAAGUGAAAUAAAAAAGUGUACUAAAAGUCGUAAAGUAUAGCAAUUCAGUCGCGUCUUAACAAAGAAAAGCAAAUUAAAUAAAGCGUGUCAGAGAAAAAAGAAAACGCAACUUACUUCGGGAGAAAGUUAAAGAAACCCACACUGAUAAAGUAAUUACACAUGAGACACAAUUUAUAAAUCGCAAAACCACAAAACAAUAAAAAUAAAUAAACAGCCGCCACAUAGAACACAAAUCAUUGCUCUUUGUGCAAAAAGAACAAAAAACCAAGACACAACAAAGUCGUCGACCCAAGAAAGUGAUAUCACACCUUCAUUCCGAGUGUACGCCGUAUAAACGCUAACAUGGAAGGUCUCGCACGCUCAUUGAAUUUCGAGCUGCCACACGAACUGCCACCCCUGGACAAAUACGCGCAACAAAUACUUGAAAAUAGCAAAACCAUUAUAGUUCCUGCCACGCCCACCGCGCCCACCGUACAACUACCAACGUCCACCUUCAGCACAUCCAGUGAUUUUUUGCAAAGAAUCGGCGCAACGCUCCUCAAUUCCGUACAAUUGAAGAAAUACGUUAAAUUCGACAAUUCACCGGUUGUUGGGGCUUCCCUGAGUGGCAGGGCAGACGAUAUGGAUAUGUUCGGCAUGCCGCCGCCACCGAAUCAUGUGUCGAUCGACUCGUCCGGCUUUGAUGCCGUGGACGAGCUGCAGCGCCAAUUGGAGUACGACAAGUUCAUGAACGAGGUGUGGAUCGGCAUUGUGCUCACACUGGUACUCACCUCAAUGGUAUUCUGCGUCUGCUCCUGCUUCCUCUACCAUCAGUUCCGCACGUGGAAGAGAAAUUACCGCAACACUGUGACACUAUCCCGCAACGGACACGAAAGCGAAAUUACGAAAUUACACCCCGGCAUUGACGAUCCCGUGCCCGAAUACACGCUCGUCUCCGGCUUGCCUUCUUACGAAGCUGCACUAGAGCUGCUCAAUAAAUCACCGCAGUCCUGCCUUAUAGUGCACCCGAGCGUCUUCAGCGUGUUCCACGUAAAUGAGAAAGCAGCAACUAGUGAGGAACAACCACCUUCACAACCAACAACGCCUCAGUCACAACUCGUUGAAGUGAUGUCGCCAUUAUUGCCAACAAUGAAUGCCGCACAACAACAACGGCAGCAUGCAACUGGAACCACAACAACAACGGGUAUGGUGAGGGCCGGUAGAGCCUACGCUGUUUUGCCCACUUACGAGGAGGCCAAUAGCCCACACAACUUGUUGCAUGCAGGAACUGUCACUUUGACAACUGUCAAUGAGAAAACGGUGAACGUAUGCGCAGGAGAAGCGGGUGAGAACCACACAGUUCUUACCAUGCCAACAACAACAACAACUUCAACGGUAGCCAGCACAAUAUCCAGUGACAGUGACAAUGGUGCGACGCAUAAAAACUAACUGCAUCUCUAACGGUGGAUUGUGGCAGACAAGUUCCGCAAUUGUCAAGAGUGACUCCCGAGUAUAGAAGUUUGACAGCUGUCAGUUUGACUGCACAUCUACACACCGCAACUGUGAUAUUGUUUACCUUAACUGAUUGUUGUUUUGUACUUAGACUUAGUAGUUAUUUAUUUAUGCAGACAAUGAUUUUACUGUUCAGCGCGAAAAUGAAAUUUUAGCUGGAGAAUCAAGAACUGUCAAUUUGUAAAUGUCAAAAAAGUUUACUUGAAACAACUGUGAUGCCUCCGCACAAAUUUUAGUUUGAUUUGAAAUUUAGUUAAGCACGAUUACCAGUUUCGAUGUGGAGUUUCAACAAUUGUAUUAUAAGUAUAUUAUUUUAAGCGAUUUUUAUAUUUUUAACGCGAAUGUAGUUAAGAGAGGUGCAUUCAAACCCAUCCUAAGUAUUUAUUUUAACAAUUAAAGAAGAUAAAUGUGAA